CGGGUUUACUUUGAAAGGGGGCAGUCCUUAGCCGAGUAUUUUAUUUUAUUCAAAACCAACUGAACUGAGAACUUUUCACCGUGUCCAUCAGUUUACGAAAAAGGGUUCACCCAUUCAAGUGUGAAAGUUUACCCAACGGUUGAGAGAACAGCAAAAUGGCCCCAAUAUCCAUCAAACGCAUUUUAAUCAGUGAAAGUGUUGACCCUUGUUGUAAGAAGAUCCUGCAAGAAAAUGGAAUCCAAGUUACAGAGAAGCAAAAUAUGAGUAAGGAUGACUUGAUUGCGGAGAUCAAGGACUAUGAUGGCCUGGUGGUUCGAUCAGCAACAAAGGUGACAGCUGAUGUCAUCAACGCUGCUGGUAACCUCAAAAUCAUUGGCAGAGCUGGGACAGGCGUUGACAAUGUGGAUGUGGAUGCUGCCACUAUAAAGGGCAUAAUUGUCAUGAACACACCAAGUGGCAACACCAUCAGUGCUGCAGAGCUGACAUGCACCCUGUUGAUGAGCCUCUCAAGACAUGUGCCCCAAGCAGCCAUGUCCAUGAAAGCAGGGAACUGGGAUCGUAAAAAGUUCAUGGGCACAGAGCUGUACGGCAAAAUACUUGGAAUAGUUGGACUUGGAAGAAUUGGAAAGGAAGUCGCCACCAGAAUGCAGUCCUUUGGCAUGAAGACCAUCGGCUAUGAUCCAAUCACCCCUCCUGAGGUGACUGCUACCUGGGGGGUCGAGCAGAUGUCCCUGGAGCAGCUGUGGCCCCAGUGUGAUUACAUCACUGUCCACACUCCCCUCAUGCCUUCAACAGCUGGACUACUGAAUGACACGUCAUUUGCCAAGUGCAAGAAAGGUGUAAAGGUCGUGAACUGUGCACGCGGGGGCAUCAUCGAUGAGGAUGCUCUCCUCAGAGCUUUGGAGUCUAGACAGUGUGGAGGGGCUGGCCUCGAUGUUUUUGUCGAGGAACCCCCAAAGAACCGUGCCCUGGUGAACCAUCCCAAUGUGAUUAGCAGUCCUCACCUGGGUGCCAGUACAAAGGAGGCCCAGGCACGCUGUGGACAGGACAUCGCUCUGCAGAUUGUGGACAUGGUGAUGGGCAAGAGCUUGGUUGGAGCAGUGAAUGCCCAGGUUUUGGCAAGCACAUUCACCCCCGAGUCUCACCAGUGGAUCAAACUUGGAGAGGCCAUAGGAGCUGCCCUGAAAUCAUGCACCACCUCUAAACAACCCUUCAGCCAAGUCCAAAUCAUAACUCAAGGAGACUGCUUGAAAGAUUCCUCCGCUUACAUGACCUCAGCAGUAAUGGUUGGAUUACUUAGUGAUGGGUCCCAGAGCUGCCCCAACCUGGUCAAUUCACUGACCCUGGCCAAGGAAUCUGGAAUCACGGUAACCAGAAACCACAGUGAGGGUCUGACUCAAGGUGCAUGUGAGGUGGAGAUCUCUGUCAAUGGCUCUAGCUACAGAGCUACUGGUUCAGUACAGGGAGGAGUACCAGUCUUGUUGGAGCUGAAUCGUAGCGUGUUCCGACAGCCGGUCUCUCUCACUGGCAACCUGCUGUUCUUCAAGGCCGUGGCGUCUCCUCCGCUCCUGCCCUCUGUGACUGGUUUGCUGGCCACGGCGGGAGUGGAAAUGGAGUCAUUCAGUGCCCCUGCAGCUCGUAGUGGAGAUCAGUGGUAUUGUGUGGGGUUAUCCUCUCUCUUGGUGGACCUUGGUGCCUUAAAACCUUUAGUGAAAGCCGCAGCACAGGUCUCUGUGUAAAUGGCAGUGAGAGCAUAUUGUUACAAUGCUGAAGGACCAGUAGAGCGUUCCAGUCUAAAAAUCGAACCACUGAAGAUUUUAGUAAUCUAAAUGGUUUCUUUUUGGCCUUUUUUAGCAUUUAAAUACUUACUUUACAACAUGUAGAAAGUAUUUGUUUUAUUUAACAUUACACAUCUAGAAAAAAUACUAAAAAUGUUCUAUUGUAGAGAUGCUGACUGUGUAGAAUUUAAUAAAUACCUGUUACAUUA